AUGGGGCGGCUCUGGCGCCACCCGGCCUCGCUCUGCGUCUGCCUCCUGCUGGUCUUCACAGGGACCUUUGGGGUGUCCUUGAAUCUUGAGACCCACCUGGGGUUCUUGCAGAUCUUUGGAGAACCAAGAAACAUCGCCCAGCAGCACCACGACCACCCCAUCCACCUCAAACACUCCAACCUCCUCAAACUCUUCUCCAACUCCAACCUCCCCAACCUCCCCAACCUCCUCACCCACCUCAAGAACUACACCCACCUCAACCAUCUCACCCACCUCACCCACCUCAAGCACCGCAACCUCCACAACCACCUCACCAACAGCAACCACGUCAUCCACGUCAUCCACGUCAUCCACCUCAUCCACCUCCACCACCUCACCCACCUCAAGCACGUCCACCACCUCACCCACCGCAACCACCGCACCCACCGCCACCACCUCAACCACGUCAAGCACCUCAACCACGUCAAGCACCUCCACCACCUCAUCCACCUCAUCCACCUCACCCACCUCAACUUCCUCACCCACCUCCAGCACCUCCACCACCUCCACAACCUCACCCACCUCCACACCUCAUCCACCUCCUCCACCUCAUCCACCAUAUCCACCUCACCCACCUCCAGCACCUCCACCACCUCAUCCACCUCACCCACCUCAACCACGUCCACCACCUCACCCACCUCAACCACCUCCACCACCUCAUCCACCUCCACCACCUCAUCCACCUCAACCACCUCAACCACCUCACCCACCUCAACCACCUCAACUUCCUCACCCACCUCCAGCACCUCCACCACCUCCACAACCUCACCUACUUCAACAACCUCACCCACCUCUACCACGUCCACCACGUCACCCACCUCAUCCACCUCAACCGCCUCAUCCACCUCAUCCACCACACCCACCUCACCCACCUCACCUACCUCCACCACCUCACCCACGUCCACCACCUCACCCACCUCAACCACAUCCAGCACCUCAACCACCUCAGCCACCUCAAGUACGUCCACCACCUCACCCACAUCAUCCACCUCCACCACCUCACCCACCUCAUCCACCUCCACCACCUCACCCACCUCCACCACCUCAACUUCCUCAACCACCUCCAGCACCUCCAGCACCUCCACAACCUCACCCACCUCAACCACGUCCACCACCUCACCCACCUCAACCACCUCAGCCACCUCCACCACCUCACCGACCUCAACCAGCUCAACCACGUCCACCACCUCACCCACCUCAUCCACCUCAACCACCUCAACCACCUCAACCACCUCAACCACCUCCACUACCUCAACCACCUCAACCACCUCCACCACCUCAACCACGUCCACCACCUCACCCACCUCACCCACCUCCACCACGUCAACCACCUCCACAACCACACCAACCUCAACCACGUCCACCACCUCACCCACCUCAACCACCUCACCCACCUCACCCACCUCAACCACGUCCACCACCUCAACCACGUCAAACACCUCACCCACGUCAACCACCUCCACAACCUCACCAACCUCAACCACGUCCACCACCUCACCCACCUCACCCACCUCAACCACCUCACCAACCUCAACCACGUCCACCACCUCACCCACCUCACCCACCUCAACCACCUCAAGCACCUCCACCACCUCAACCACCUCCACCACCUCAACCACGUCCACCACCUCACCCACCUCCACCACCUCAACCACCUCCACCACCUCACCCACCUCAACCACCUUAACAACCUCACCCACCUCAACCACCUCAACCACGUCACCCACUACGACCACGUCCACCACCUCACCCACCUCAACCACCUUCACCACCUCACCCACCUCAACCACCUCACCCACCUCGACCACCUCAACCACCUCCACAACCUCAGCCACCUCAACCACGUCCACCACCUCACCCACCUCAACCACGUCCACCACCUCAACCACCUCCACCACCUCACCCACGUCAACCACCUCAACCACCUCACCCACCUCAACCACCUCCACCACCUCAACCACCUCAACCACCUCAAGCACCUCCACCACCUCAACCACGUCCACCACCUCACCCACCUCCACCACCUCACCCACCUCCACCACCUCAACCACCUCCACCACCUCCAGCACCUCACCCACCUCAACCACCUCACCCACCUCAACCACUUCAACCUCCUCAACCACCUUAACAACCUCAACAACCUCAACCACCUCACCCACCUCCACCACCUCAACCACCUCCACGACCUCACCCACCUCAACCACCUUAACAACCUCACCCACCUCAACCACCUCAACCACCUCACCCACCUCAACCACCUCAACCACCUCCACAACCUCAGCCACCUCAACCACGUCCACCACCUCACCCACCUCCACCACCUCAACCACCUCCACCACCUCACCCACCUCAACCACGUCCACCACCUCACCCACCUCAACCACCUCAACCACGUCAACCACCUCAACCACGUCAACCACCUCACCCACCUCCACCACGUCAACCACCUCCACAACCUCACCAACCUCAACCACGUCCACCACCUCACCCACCUCACCCACCUCAACCACCUCAACCACCUCAAGCACCUCCACCACCUCAACCAUGUCCACCACCUCACCCACCUCAACCACCUCACCCACCUCAACCACCUCACCCACCUCAACCACCUCAACCACCUCAACCACCUCCACCACCUCACCCACCUCAACCACCUCAACCACCUCACCCACCUCAACCACCUCAACCACCUCUACCACCUCACCCACCUCACCCACCUCAAGCACCUCCACCACCUCAACCACCUCCACCACCUCAACCACCUCAACCACGUCACCCACUACGACCACGUCCACCACCUCACCCACCUCAACCACCUCAACCACGUCCACCACCUCACCCACCUCACCCACCUCAACCACCGCAACCACCUCACCCACCUCAACCACGUCCACCACCUCACCCACCUCAACCACCUCAACCACGUCAACCACCUCAACCACGUCAACCACCUCAUCCACGUCAACCACCUCCACAACCUCACCAACCUCAACCACCUCCACCACCUCACCCACCUCAACCACCUUAACAACCUCACCCACCUCAACCACCUCAAGCACCUCCACCACCUCACCCACCUCCACCACCUCAAGCACCUCACCCACCUCCACCACCUCAACCACCGCAACCACCUCACCCACCUCAACCACGUCCACCACCUCACCCACCUCAACCACCUCAACCACGUCAACCACCUCAACCACGUCAACCACCUCACCCACCUCGACCACGUCAACCACCUCCACAACCUCACCAACCUCAACCACGUCCACCACCUCACCCACCUCACCCACCUCAACCACCUCAAGCACCUCCACCACCUCAACCACGUCCACCACCUCACCCACCUCAACCACCUCAACCACGUCCACCACCUCACCCACCUCAACCACCUCAACCACGUCCACCACCUCAAGCACCUCCACCACCUCACCCACCUCCACCACCUCAACCACCGCAACCACCUCACCCACCUCAACCACCUCAACCACGUCAACCACCUCACCCACCUCAACCACCUCACCCACCUCCACCACCUCAACCACCUCCACCACCUCAACCACCUCCACCACCUCCAGCACCUCACCCACCUCAACCACCUCACCCACCUCACCCACCUCAACCACUUCAACCUCCUCAACCACCUUAACAACUCAACAACCUCAACCACCUCACCCACCUCCACCACCUACGACCACCUCCACCACCUCACCCACCUCAACCACCUCAACCACCUCAACCACCUCCACCACCUCAACCACCUCCACCACCUCAAGCACCUCACCCACCUCAACCACCUCACCCACCUCACCCACCUCAACCACUUCAACCUCCUCAACCACCUUAACAACCUCAACAACCUCAACCACCUCACCCACCUCCACCACCUCAACCACCUCACCCACCUCAACCACCUCAACCACCUCCACCACCUCACCCACCUCAACCACCUUAACAACCUCACCCACCUCAACCACCUCAACCACGUCACCCACCUCGACCACCUCAACCACCUCCACAACCUCAGCCACCUCAACCACGUCCACCACCUCACCCACCUCAACCACCUCAACCACGUCCACCACCUCACCCACCUCAACCACCUCAACCACCUCACCCACGUCCACCACCUCACCCACCUCAACCACCUCACCCACCUCAACCACGUCCACCACCUCACCCACCUCAACCACCUCAACCACGUCAACCACCUCCACCACCUCCAGCACCUCACCCACCUCAACCACCUCAACCACGUCAACCACCUCACCCUCCUCACCCACCUCAACCACCUCAACCACCUCCACCACCUCAACAACCUCCACCACCUCACCCACCUCAGCCACCUCACCCACCUCAACCACCUCAACCACCUCCACCACCUCACCCACCUCAACCACCUCAACCACCUCCACCACCUCACCCACCUCAACCACGUCAACCACCUCACCCACGUCAACCACCUCCACAACCUCACCAACCUCAACCACAUCCACCACCUCACCCACCUCACCCACCUCACCCACCUCAAGCACCUCCACCACCUCAACCACCUCCACCACCUCAACCACCUCAACCACGUCAACCACCUCACCCACCUCACCCACCUCACCCACCUCAACCACCUCAACCACGUCACCCACUACGACCACGUCCACCACCUCACCCACCUCAACCACCUCAACCACGUCCACCACCUCACCCACCUCACCCACCUCAACCACCGCAACCACCUCACCCACCUCAACCACGUCCACCACCUCACCCACCUCAACCACCUCAACCACGUCAACCACCUCAACCACGUCAACCACCUCCACAACCUCACCAACCUCAACCACCUCCACCACCUCACCCACCUCAACCACCUUAACAACCUCACCCACCUCAACCACCUCAAGCACCUCCACCACCUCACCCACCUCCACCACCUCAAGCACCUCACCCACCUCCACCACCUCAACCACCGCAACCACCUCACCCACCUCAACCACGUCCACCACCUCACCCACCUCAACCACCUCAACCACGUCAACCACCUCGACCACGUCAACCACCUCCACAACCUCACCAACCUCAACCACGUCCACCACCUCACCCACCUCACCCACCUCAACCACCUCAAGCACCUCCACCACCUCAACCACGUCCACCACCUCACCCACCUCAACCACCUCAACCACGUCCACCACCUCACCCACCUCAACCACCUCACCCACCUCAACCACCUCCACCACCUCACCCACCUCAACCACCUCAACCACCUCCACCACCUCACCCACCUCAACCACCUCACCCACCUCAACCACGUCCACCACCUCAAGCACCUCCACCACCUCACCCACCUCCACCACCUCAACCACCUCCACCACCUCACCCACCUCCACCACCUCAACCACGUCAACCACCUCACCCACCUCAACCACCUCACCCACCUCCACCACCUCCACCACCUCCAGCACCUCACCCACCUCAACCACCUCACCCACCUCACCCACCUCAACCACUUCAACCUCCUCAACCACCUUAACAACCUCAACAACCUCAACCACCUCACCCACCUCCACCACCUCAACCACCGCAACCACCUCACCCACCUCAACCACGUCCACCACCUCACCCACCUCAACCACCUCAACCACCUCCACCACCUCAACCACCUCCACCACCUCACCCACCUCAACCACCUUAACAACCUCACCCACCUCAACCACCUCAACCACGUCACCCACCUCGACCACCUCAACCACCUCCACAACCUCAGCCACCUCAACCACGUCCACCACCUCACCCACCUCAACCACCUCAACCACGUCCACCACCUCACCCACCUCAACCACCUCAACCACCUCACCCACGUCCACCACCUCAACCACCGCAACCACCUCACCCACCUCAACCACGUCCACCACCUCACCCACCUCAACCACCUCAACCACGUCAACCACCUCCACCACCUCAAGCACCUCCACCACCUCAACCACCUCAACCACCUCAAGCACCUCCACCACCUCAACAACGUCCACCACCUCACCCACCUCAACCACCUCAACCACGUCCACCACCUCACCCACCUCAACCACCUCACCCACCUCAACCACCUCAACCACCUCCACCACCUCACCCACCUCAACCACCUCAACCACCUCCACCACCUCAACCACGUCCACCACCUCACCCACCUCCACUACCUCAGCCACCUCAACCACCUCCACUACCUCCACCACCGCAACCACCUCAACCACGUCAACCACCUCAACCACCUCACCCACCUCAACCACCUCAACCACCUCCACCACCUCACCCACCUCAACCACCUCACCCACCUCAACCACCUCAACCACGUCCACCACCUCACCCACCUCAACCACCUCCACCACCUCAACCACCUCAACCACCUCCACCACCUCACCCACCUCAACCACCUUAACAACCUCACCCACCUCAACCACCUCAACCACGUCACCCACUACGACCACGUCCACCACCUCACCCACCUCAACCACCUUCACCACCUCACCCACCUCAACCACCUCACCCACCUCAACCACCUCCACAACCUCAGCCACCUCAACCACGUCCACCACCUCACCCACCUCAACCACCUCACCCACCUCACCCACCUCAACCACCUCAACCACGUCCACCACCUCACCCACCUCAACCACCUCAACCACCUUCCCCACCUCAACCACAUCCACCACCUCAACCACCUCACCCACGUCAACCACAUCAACCACCGCAACCACCUCGACCACAAGCACAACCACCAGCAUGACAACCACAGCCACCAGUCCAGGUAUGUGCCAGAAUGGUGGCACCUGGGAAGAUGGCAAGUGCGUGUGUCCCGACGGGUUCCAAGGUGACUUCUGCGAGGAGCUCAUCUGCCAAAACGGGGGCACCUGGGCCAACGGCUUCUGCCAGUGCCCCCCCAAUUUCCAAGGGGACAGGUGCGAGGCCGCCAAGGACAUCGUGGAGAUCAAAAAUGUGACGACGAACGCGACGGUGGUGAUGAAGGCCAAAAUUGACCAGGACUUUAAUGAAGAUUUCAACAAUCCAUCUUCAGAGGCUUACCAGAAUUUUAACAACACGUUCCAGAAGCAGAUGUUGGAGCUUUACAAAGAUAUCGAGGGGUUCAGAGGCGUGGAGAUCAAAAAGCUGAGCGCAGGCAGCAUCGUGGUGGACUAUGAUGUCAUCCUGGAGAUCCCCGCCACCUCCAAGGCCGAAGAGGUGGUGAGCGCCAUCUCCGAGAACCUCGUCGCCGCCAUCCAAAACUACAACUGCAGCGAGAACUGCACAGGGGACGACUGUCUCUGCUUCAACACCAACUACACCUUUGUCCUCAACACUACCGUGCAACCGGUGGAAGGAAGUCUGUGCGACAGAUACAUCCAUGAGGAGUUCAGACGCUUCUACACGCCGUUCCUGACCAGUGCUGGUGUCAUCUGCAUCACCCGCUGCGACGGCCGCCACGCUGAGCCCCUGCCCUGCGUCCACGGCCGCUGCUCGGUGGGGCGGCAGGGGCCGCAGUGCGAGUAA